AGGCAGAGCGCGCCGCACUCCGACUUGGACAGCUUCUUUCUUUUUCUUUUUGACACUUUCCUGGGGAGGGAUGACCGACCAGCGCCGCUAAGGAGCGCAGGAGUUUGACCGCCAAGUUUUGUUGAGUUUUUUUGUGCAUUGCGCGUUUGGACACGUCCGCCCACCAUCCAGGCGGUGUUGUUGUUCUCCGGGGAACUCCCUGGGGCCACACAAACACAUUAAGUGUCUCUCACAGACACACACACACAAAGCGGCACCAUGCAGGAGUCCGAGGCAACCGUGUGUCAGCUGCAGCCCAACAUCAUCUCGGUGCGUCUUUUCAAGAGGAAGGUGGGCGGCCUGGGCUUCCUAGUGAAGCAGAGGGUGUCCAAGCCGCCCGUCAUCGUGUCGGACUUGAUCCGGGGUGGCGCCGCCGAGGAGUGCGGCCUGGUGCAGGUGGGCGACAUCGUGCUGGCCGUCAACAACAAGCCGCUCGUGGACCUGUCCUACGAACGCGCCCUGGAGACUCUGAAGAACGUCUCGCCCGACAGCCAUGCCGUGCUCAUCCUCCGUGGGCCCGAGGGCUUCACCACCCACCUGGAGACCACCCUGUCAGGAGACGGGCGCCAGCGCACCACGCGGGUCACGCGGCCAGCCUUUCCGGCCUCCAAGUCCUACGAGCACUGCUUCAGCCCUGCGCAGCAACAGGUCAACAAGGAGCCCCAGCUGAGGGCCAUCGAGAACCUCACCAUGCAGAGGGGCAGUGUCCAAGCCCAGGACCCCACGAGGGACGGCAGCCGAGGAGCCCUCUUGUGUAACGGGACGGAGGAGAACAACGACCUUCUGCAGGAGAUAGAGCCGGUGCUGCGGCUCAUCAGGAGCACCAAAAAGGAGCUCAACGGUGAGGGCCAGAGGUACGCCGGGCGACAGGAUGCCGAGAUUCAGGUGGCCUGGGACCUCACCGUGGGAAACAGCACCUCACCCCAGCUGGCUUCCGAUAACAGCAGGAGGCGAGAGAACAUGCCGGUGGUGCUGCACAACAUCCAGACCGAGCAGAGCCCCGCCACAGGAAGGACCUCGCCCACCAAGUCGCUGCAGAACGGAAGCCCCUCCAAGUGCCCUCGCUUCAUCAAGAUCAAGAACUGGGAGACCGGAACCAUCUACAAUGACACCCUCCACCACGGCUCGGCAAAGCUGCCGAGCUGCAACGAGAACGUGUGCCUCGGCUCCAUGAUGAUGCCCAACCUGCAAGUUCGCAAGCCAGACGAGGUUCGGAGGAAAGAGGAACUCCUUCCUCUGGCCACCGACUUCAUCGACCAGUACUACACCUCCAUCAAAAGGUACGGCUCCAAGGCCCACACGGACCGGCUGGAGGAGGUGACAAAAGAGAUCGAGGCGUCGGGGGCAUACCAGCUAAAGGACACGGAGCUGAUAUAUGGAGCCAAGCACGCCUGGAGGAACGCCGCCCGCUGCGUGGGUAGAAUCCAGUGGUCCAAACUGCAGGUUUUUGAUGCCAGGGAUUGCACAACGGCGCAUGGAAUGUACAACUACAUCUGCAACCACAUCAAGUACGCCACCAACAAGGGCAACCUGAGGUCAGCCAUUACUAUAUUCCCUCAGAGGAUGGAUGGCAAACACGACUUCCGAGUGUGGAACAGUCAGCUGAUCCGUUACGCCGGCUACAAGCAGCCCGAUGGACGCAUCCUGGGGGAUCCCGCCAACGUGGAAGUCACCGAGAUCUGCAUCCAGCUGGGAUGGAAGGCUCCCAAGGGUCGCUUUGACGUUCUGCCCCUCCUGCUGCAAGCCAACGGCAAUGACCCCGAACUCUUCGAGAUCCCAGAGGACCUCAUCCUGGAGGUGCCCAUCACGCACCCAAAGUAUGAGUGGUUCAAGGACCUGGACCUGAAGUGGUACGGUCUGCCCGCCGUCUCCAACAUGCUGCUGGAGAUCGGCGGCCUGGAGUUCACCGGCUGCCCCUUCAGCGGAUGGUACAUGGGCACAGAGAUCGGUGUCAGGGACUUCUGCGACAGCUCCCGCUACAACAUUCUGGAGGAUGUGGCCAACAAGAUGGCUUUAGACACCAGGAAGACCUCCUCCCUCUGGAAAGACCAAGCCCUGGUGGAGAUCAACAUCGCUGUUCUCCACAGUUUCCAGAUGUGCAAAGUGACCAUCGUGGACCAUCACUCGGCCACCGAGUCCUUCAUGAAGCACAUGGAAAACGAGUACCGUGUGCGAGGGGGCUGUCCCGGUGACUGGGUGUGGAUCGUGCCCCCCAUGUCGGGAAGCAUCACGCCCGUCUUUCACCAGGAGAUGCUGAACUACCGCCUCACGCCCUCCUUCGAGUACCAGGCCGAUCCCUGGAACACUCACGUGUGGAAAGGAGUCAACGGGACGCCCACCAAGAAAAGAGCCAUCGGAUUCAAGAAGCUUGCCAAGGCGGUGAAGUUCUCGGCCAAGCUGAUGGGUCAGGCCAUGGCGAAGAGAGUCAAGGCCACCAUCCUGUUCGCCACCGAGACGGGCAAGUCUCACGAUUACGCCAAAACCUUGUGUGAAAUCUUCAAGCACGCCUUCGACGCAAAGGUCAUGUCCAUGGACGAGUACGACGUGGUGGACCUGGAGCAUGAGACGCUGGUGUUGGUGGUGAGCAGCACCUUCGGCAACGGGGACCCACCUGAAAACGGAGAGAAAUUUGGAGCGGCAUUGAUGGAGAUGCGGCACCCGACAUCAAACACCGAAGACAGAAAGUGGGUUUGGCUUUUUGUCUGUGGCGUUCCCCAAUCUUUGCCCGGCGUCCCGCAGAUCAUCUCUGUGUUUUCCAGGAGUUACAAGAUUCGUUUCAACAGCGUCUCCUCCCACUCGGACACAAGGAAGUCCUCCAGCGACGAGUCCGAAGCAAAGGUCAACUUCGAGAGCACCGGACCGCUCGCCAACGUCAGGUUCUCGGUGUUCGGCCUGGGGUCCAGAGCCUACCCGCACUUCUGCGCCUUUGCCCACGCCAUAGACACGCUCUUUGAGGAGCUCGGGGGGGAGCGCAUCCUCCGCAUGGGGGAGGGAGAUGAGCUGUGCGGCCAGGAGGAGUCCUUCAGAACCUGGGCCAAGAAGGUCUUUAAGGCCGCCUGCGACGUGUUCUGUGUGGGCGACGACGUCAACAUCGAGAAGGCCAACAACUCUUUGAUCAGCAACGACCGCAGCUGGAAGAGAAGCAAGUUCCGCCUGACGUACCACGCCGAGGCACCUGCUCUCACUGACGCUCUGCACAGCAUCCACAAGAAGAGAGUUUAUGGGGCCAAAAUGCUGGAAUCUCAAAACCUCCAAAGUUCCAAAUCCAAUCGCUCCACCAUAUUUGUGCGCCUCGACACAAACAACCACGAAAUGCUGAGCUACCACCCCGGCGACCAUCUGGGCAUCUUUGCCGGCAACCAUGAGGACCUGGUGACCGCACUCAUAGACAAACUGGAGGACGCGCCACCUGUCAAUCAGAUAGUCAAAGUGGAGUUCCUGGAGGAGAGGAACACGGCCCUCGGAGUCAUCAGUAACUGGACCAACGAGACCCGUAUUCCCCCUUGCACCAUCUCUCAAGCCUUCCAGUACUUCCUGGACAUCACCACGCCCCCCAGCCCCGUGCUUCUGCAGCAGUUUGCCGCCCUGGCCACCAACGACAAACACAAAAAGAGGCUGGAGGUGCUCAGUAAGGGCCUGCAAGAGUACGAGGAGUGGAAGUGGUACAACAACCCCACGCUGGUGGAGGUGCUGGAGGAGUUCCCGUCCAUCCAGGUGUCCUCCACCCUGCUGCUCACCCAGCUGCCCCUGCUGCAGCCUCGCUACUACUCCAUCAGCUCCUCACCGGACGUGCACCCUGGCGAGAUUCACCUCACCGUGGCGGUGGUUUCCUUCCAGGCCAAAAAUGGAGAGGGGCCCAUCCACCACGGCGUGUGCUCCUCGUGGCUCAACAGGAUCGAGAAGGGCGACAUGGUGCCGUGUUUUGUCCGAGGGGCGCCUUCCUUCCAGCUUCCCAAAGACCACCACGCUCCUUGCAUCCUGGUGGGACCGGGCACGGGCAUCGCCCCCUUCAGGAGCUUCUGGCAGCAGAGGCUGUUUGACCUUGAGCACAAAGGGAUCGAGGCGUGCCCCAUGAUCCUGGUGUUUGGCUGUCGGCAGUCAGGGAUGGAUCACAUCUACAAGGAGGAGACCAUCCAGGCUAAGAACAAGGAGGUGUUCAAGGAGCUCUAUGCGGCCUAUUCCAGAGAGCCCGGCAAACCAAAGAAAUACGUGCAGGAUGUUCUACGUGAGCAGCUGUCGGAGAGAGUGUACCAGUGCCUGAGGGAGGAGGGAGGACACAUCUACGUGUGCGGAGAUGUCACCAUGGCCGGCGACGUUCUCAAGACGGUGCAGCAAAUCAUCAAGCAGGAGGGCAACAUGAACCUGGAGGACGCCGGCUUCUUCAUCAGCAGGCUGCGGGAUGAGAACCGCUACCAUGAGGACAUCUUCGGGGUCACCCUGCGCACUUACGAGGUCACCAACCGACUGCGGUCCGAGUCCAUCGCCUACAUUGAGGAGAGCAAGAAAGAUUCUGAUGAGGUCUUCUGCUCCUAGGCCCGCCACGUGACAGCGAUGGUGACGGCGGCAGAAGGGGCGCCAGGAUGCAGCAGCUCCAUUUCGACAAUACUGUGCCAAUUUUUCUACUGUAAAAAAAGAAAGGAAGUAAGAAGAUAUAUAUAGAUAUAUAUAUAUAUAUAUAUACUGUAUGUUGAUGUGUUUCUUUUUUAUACCGUCUGUUCCGCUGAGGCUCGUUAUGCUGAUGGGUCGUCUUUACUUGUAACCACCUGCCUUCAUUGUGAAUGCAUGACCUGAGACUCAAGAAUAUAAUCCAAGUCUGUGUGUGUCCGUGCUGCACCGCAGGCUUCCUGUUCCGUUUGUGGGGCGUGUAACUGCCACAAAAAAGAAAAAAAAGGGGGGGGGGGGGGGGGUGCCGCAAUGCAUGAUGGUAUGUGUGAGUGUCCCUUGUUUGCGUGUGUUGUCCAGGGACGUAGACAGAGGCCAUGCUAUAAUCCAGCAAACACACAGCCCACGGAAGCGUGAUAGUUCAGUGAAGGACAUCAUACCACUACACUACCUGGUUGUUCCUUUCACUGUCAAAUGAAAACGCAGGAAAACGUGUAUGGUAUCCUCACCACGCCACCACUCCCUCUAGCAUUCGCUAGCAUUCUCCCCUGUGGCCAGCAGGAGGCGAUGUUUCAGCCAAAAAUGCACUUCCAUUGAUGGCCCACAGGGGCGAUGUUCUCCGGUCGGAACUCUGACCACAGCGUCCAUCUUGUUCCACCUUUGAAUCAGUCACUUGUUUGCUGUAAAUGGAAGUGCCAUUCUAGAACCUUCUAAAUCACAUUUUAUUUGCAUUUGCACCUUGCACAUUUGUUUGCCUCGUCGUUCGCGUUCUGAAAUCCUUUGCUUCAACGGAAAAUGGCCCCGCUUACAUUUGCAGUUCAUUCAUUGUCCAUGGUCAGCAGGGGGCGGUGCUUUGUGUUUCAGAAAAUGAUGGACAGGAGACCCUGGACGGAUUUUCUUGUUCAGAUUUUCAAUCAUUAUUAGCCAAAUGGAAUACAUCUCUUCCAUAUGUUGGACUUUUAAAAGAUUUGGAAUCAAUGAAUAUUCUCCCCCAAAUCCUUUUUAGCUGUAUUUCAUUUAAAAAACAAAACAAAACAAGAAACAGAUUUGUCAGAUUUUGUUCAGAUUUUGAAUCAGUGUUUGGUUUUCCUGAAAUCUUUUGCUAUUUUCAAAGAUCUACAUAUAAAGUCGUUUUUACAGCGCCUUAUUUUUACCUAUUUUUGGGCGUUCAUGCAGGCUUUGUUCAGAUUCGGAAUAAAUGACUAUUUUGGAAUAGGUUUAAGUUCUAUUUUAUGAAAACGAGUUAUACUGACGUGUCAUUUUCAGCAAAGAGAUUUUGUUCAGAUUUUGAAUACAUUUGGAUUUCCCUAAAAUGUUGCUCCAUUUUAGAACAUUUACUUCCAAGGUUUAUGACGUCAACCUUAUUUUCCAAAGUCUCAUUUUGACUUGUUUGAAGUCCUUUCAAGCAGACUUUGUUCAGAUUUUGAAUCCGAGAUUUCUUUUUGCCCCAUCAGAGGAGAUUUCAUGUGAUAUUUGAAGUCAUAUUUCAAAGACGGUAACAGACAAAGCCGUAUUCAGUCGGCUUUGCGGUUUUGCGUUGUCAACUUCUGGAUUCAUGGUUGUUUGGCUUCCACGUCAUUUUCUCCCAGAAAUGUCGGCCAAAUCCAGAGCCGUCGCUGGGAAAACAAUUCAAGUUGUGGGAUUCGGCGAGAUGUAGAUGAAAGAAAGCGGCCUCGGCUCGGUUCUCCUCAGCCCAGGCUGACGUUCCUCUGCGGGGAACGUGGUCUUCAAGAGAACACUCCCACGGAUGAAGGUCUCCUCUGCGUCUUUGUUUGUUUGUAUGGGAAGGGGCGUGGUUACGUUGGCGGUGUAAAGUGUGUAACGGCCUGACUCGUACAUACAGUACCUGUACUCAUAAGACAGUAUAGAGUACACAGUACAGUAUAUAGCCUCUAUAGAAAUAUAAACCACUUGGGUCUUUUCCCAGAAUGUAUUUUGAAUAUGUCAAAGGGUAAAAGAAGAUCAAGACAAAUGCAUGGUGAUGUUCUCGUGCUUGUGUAUGACCAGCACCGUGUCGGCCCGUCUGUGUCGUGACUUUCUUUGUCCGGUGGGCUUUUGGGCGGCUUCCUGUCCUUCCCGCCUUCUCUGCUUUCUUUCGUUCUUUCUUUAGGGCUCUAAUUUUGUAGACCAGGCACAGGGCGUGCCAACGGGUUGAGGCCAGCGCACUUUGCAAAUUUAGUGAGCAGCGCAGUCUGGCGCAGUGCCGCGCAACCACGCCUCCACGCCUCCAUCCCUCCCACAAAAAGGCAAAAAUGUCCAUGCUGGUUCAGCCGCUGACAUUCAGUAGUGGUUGCUGUCAUUGGUUUUUACGCUGAAAUGUGUGACACUCUGAAAAAUCUUCGCUGUGCCUGCGCUUCGCCUGCGCCCCAAUCAGACCAGGUCUAGCGUACUGUUUUGUCACAAAACUGUCAAAAUGUGGACUCCUCCCCUGGUGCGCUGCGUCCAUCUCAGCGCAGUCCAGUCUACUGAAUGACCAAAUUGGCUGCGCACAGUGGCGCCCUGGACCACGUCACCACUGCCUGGGCUGCGCCACAAAAUUAGAGCCCUCAGUGUCUUUGCGUUUUUGGCUGCUGCUCUAAAGAACACAUGUGAUCCCGUUGACUUUGAUGGCCUCCAUUGCCAGGACAUUCCUACAUCGAAUGUGUCCACUGCAAGGACUUGGCUUUGACCAAUAAACCACAACAUUUACCAAA